AGAGCAACACAUGGCGGCUCCAAGUAAACACUCAACAUGGAAACGAAACUCCCAAAACAGUAAACACUCAAACACGAAGACGAAAUCCCCAAAAUGCAAACACACAACACGUAAAACAAAACCAAAAAACCUCAAAUUAGUGUCGAAUAAAACUUGCAGUUAUUAGUUAAUCAAUCAUCGAAAAGAAAGAAUAAAAAAAGGAAGAAAUCAGCAAAAUGGAUUUAGACCCAGAUUACAAUCCAAGUUUCAAAGCCAAAAUACACACCAAAUGGGUAGCUACAGUUGCCAGUAUUUGGAUCCAAUGUACCAGUGGCUCUCUCUACACUUUCGCCAUCUAUUCCACCGUACUUAAGUCCAGUCAAGGAUACAAUCAAUCAUCUCUCGACAUAGUCUCCGUUUUCAAAGACAUCGGCGCAAAUGUCGGCACUCUUUCCGGCGUACUCUACUCAUCAGUCACCGAUCCUCGCCGCCGGAAUUGUGGUGGUGGGCCAUGGGUGGUGCUGCUUGCCGGAGCUUUACAGUGUUUUGCUGGGUAUUUUCUUAUGUGGUUGACUAUUGUGGGGGUUCUGCCGAAGCCGCCGUUGUUGGUUAUGUGUCUGUACAUGCUUUUAGCUGCUCAUGCUAUGACGUUUUUCAAUACGGCUAAUGUUGUUACUGCUGUGCAUAAUUUUCCGAAUUAUAGAGGGACCGUUGUUGGCAUCAUGAAAGGUUUCCUCGGGUUGAGUGGAGCAAUAUUAAUUCAAGUAUAUCAGACAAUAUUCAGAAACAGGCCCACUGCAUAUCUGAUGCUGUUGGCACUGUUGCCUCCUAUUACUACUCUGUUACUUAUGUCGUUCGUAACAAUCUCACAAACAAAUGAAGAUGAUGAGAAGAAGCAUCUGAAUGGUUUCUCAUUGAUUGCUUUGGUACUGGCUUCUUAUCUCAUGGCUGUAAUCAUCGUGGGAAACAUCUUCUCUUUACAAAUGUCCGUUAGCAUCAUUGCUUUUGGUAUACUCAUUUUCUUGCUGCUUUCCCCAAUUUCUGUUGCAAUCAGUGCCCACAAGGAAAAGUCUUAUAGAAUAAUUAAGUACUUGCUUGAGAAAAACACACCGGAGGAUGAGCAAAAUCGAUCUCAGGCACAUUUUGUUGACAUUGGGCAAAGUCAUGAUUACUAUGCCGAACUGCCUGCUGGUGCUGAUCAAGAGAGAGAUAUGAAUGAGAGGAGGACUCCAGAAUGGGGGGAAAACAUGAAUCUUUUUCAGGCAAUGUGCACCACUGGUUUUUGGUUUUUGUUUGUCACCACUGCAUGUGGAAUGGGCACAGGCCUGGCCACCGUUAAUAACAUUAGCCAGAUAGGAGGGUCACUUGGGUACAAAACCUUAGAGACAAACACUUUAGUUUCUCUAUGGAGUAUCUGGAAUUUUCUUGGUCGCUUUGGAGCUGGUUAUAUUUCAGAUUAUUUCUUGCGCUCACUAGGUUGGUCAAGGCCAUUAUUUAUUGUUGUUACUCUGGCUUGUAUGACUGUUGGCCAUGCUGUGAUAGCAUCUGGUCUGCCCGGUGCUUUGUAUGCCGGCUCUGUUAUAGUUGGUGUUUGUUAUGGAUCACAAUGGUCACUAAUGCCCACAAUUGCUUCUGAGAUAUUUGGUGCCGGGCAUCUGGGCACAAUAUUUAACACCAUAACCAUAGCAGGCCCUGUAGGGUCUUAUAUACUGUCUGUUUGGGUAGUCGGAUACCUCUACGAUAAGGAAGCAUCAGAAGGGAACAUGUGUAGUGGAACUCACUGCUUCAUGUUGUCCUUCUUUAUCAUGGCAGCUUCCACUUUGUUUGGGGCUGUUGUGGCCUUGGCCUUGUUUUUUCGGACAAGAAACUUCUACAAUAAUGUUGUUCACAGAAGAGGUGCAAGUACCAUUACUGGUUAGUUCUCGUUGAUAAAAACAAUCGAGGAUAGCAGUUGAAGGCCAUCAGCAACAGCUCCUUGUAACAUAGUGUACACAGUUUUAUACAAUUUGGUUGGUAGGUUAUCUGACUACCAACUUUGUAAUUUUUGAUAUGUAUGAACCUGUAUCGGUGUGAAUUUGAAGUUUCGACCACCAAGGACACUAUAAUUAUGAGAAUCAGACGCGAAAAAGUGGAACGUUUUCUCAAGUAUCCUCCGUGGCACUUCGCUGGAUAAGGUACACAUUUGGGAGUUCUGCAGUUUUGAAUCCUAGAACACUUCAGAUCAGUAGAUAGUAUUGUAGAAUUCAGUUCGACAAUUUUGGACUUUGUGUUGAAAGGUGAACUCGAUGCUACUCUUAUAAGUUGUAAGGCGUGAUAAAUUGAGUGGAAAACUGGAAAUUGGAUGCAAUUAGUAUUUGAAUGUCUUAAUUAUUGUUUGUAGCCA